GGGGCCCUGUGUAAUGGCGGAACGCGGCGGGGACGGGGGGGACGGUGAGCGAUACAACACGGGGGAGCUCAGAAUGGCUCAACAGCAAGCGUUGAGGUUUCGUGGUCCAGCUCCCCCACCAAAUGCAGUCAUGCGAGGUCCACCUCCUCUGAUGCGUCCACCUCCACCUUUUGGAAUGAUGAGAGGUCCUCCUCCACCACCUCGACCCCCCUUUGGUCGUCCUCCUUUUGAUCCUAAUAUGCCACCGAUGCCUCCUCCAGGAGGAAUUCCUCCUCCUAUGGGUCCUCCACAUCUACAGAGACCACCUUUUAUGCCUCCUCCCAUGGGAACUAUGCCCCCACCUCCUGGCAUGAUGUUUCCACCUGGAAUGCCUCCAGUUACUGCCCCUGGCACACCAACAUUACCUCCCACUGAGGAAAUAUGGGUAGAAAACAAAACUCCAGAUGGAAAGGUAUAUUAUUAUAAUGCUCGGACACGUGAGUCUGCAUGGACCAAACCAGAUGGAGUUAAAGUUAUUCAGCAAUCAGAACUAACUCCUAUGCUGGCUGCGCAGGCCCAGGCUCAGGCCCAGGCCCAGGCCCAGGCCCAGGCUCAGGCACAGGCUCAGGCACAGGCUCAGGCCCAGGCCCAGGCCCAGGCCCAGGCCCAGGCUCAGGCACAGGCUCAGGCACAGGCACAGGCCCAGGCCCAGGCCCAGGCCCAGGCCCAGGCUCAGGCUCAGGCUCAGGCUCAGGCACAGGCUCAAGCUCAAGUACAAGCCCAAGUACAAGCUCAAGGUGUAAAUGCAUCCACUCCUACAACUAGUAGCCCAGCAUCAGUGGUUUCCACUUCAACGCCAUCAUCCACACAGUCUUCUACCACUUCUACAACAACAACAGUAACUUCAGUUUCACAGACUGUAUCAACACCCACCACACAAGAUCAGACACCAAGUUCUGCUGUUUCAGUUGCCACACCUUCAGUUAGUGUUUCAACCCCAGCUCCAACAGCGACACCUGUACAGACUGUUCCCCAGCCACACCCCCAGACAUUGCCUCCUGCAGUUCCUCAUUCAGUACCUCAGCCAACAGCGGCAAUACCUGCUUUUCCACCUGUAAUGGUACCUCCAUUUCGUGUUCCCCUUCCUGGCAUGCCUAUUCCACUACCAGGUGUAGCAAUGAUGCAAAUAGUCAGCUGCCCGUAUGUAAAGACAGUCGCUACCACCAAGACCGGUGUAUUGCCAGGAAUGGCCCCUCCUAUUGUACCCAUGAUACAUCCCCAGGUUGCUAUUGCUGCUUCACCUGCUACCUUAGCUGGAGCAACAGCAGUUUCUGAAUGGACAGAAUAUAAAACAGCAGAUGGGAAGACAUAUUAUUAUAAUAAUAGGACAUUAGAAUCAACCUGGGAAAAACCCCAAGAACUAAAGGAAAAAGAAAAAUUAGAAGAAAAAAUUAAAGAGCCAAUCAAAGAGCCUCCUGAGGAACCGCUACCAAUGGAGACAGAGGAAGAGGAACCCAAAGAAGAACCCAUAAAAGAGAUCAAGGAGGAGCCCAAAGAAGAAGAGAUGACAGAAGAAGAAAAGGCUGCCCAGAAAGCAAAACCAGUAGCAACUACACCUAUUCCUGGCACUCCAUGGUGUGUUGUUUGGACUGGAGAUGAGCGAGUUUUCUUUUAUAACCCCACAACUCGUCUCUCUAUGUGGGACAGACCUGAUGAUCUGAUUGGAAGAGCUGAUGUUGAUAAAAUUAUUCAGGAACCUCCUCACAAGAAAGGAAUGGAAGAAGGAAAGAAACUAAGACACCAAACUCCGACCAUGCUGUCUAUCCAGAAGUGGCAGUUCUCUAUGAGUGCAAUUAAAGAAGAACAAGAAUCAAUAGAAGAAGCAAAUGAAGAUGAACCAAUUAAAGCUAAAAAGCGGAAGAAAGAUGAUAACAAAGACAUUGAUUCGGAGAAAGAGGCUGCCAUGGAAGCCGAAAUUAAAGCUGCCCGAGAAAGGGCCAUUGUCCCUCUGGAGGCCCGAAUGAAGCAGUUCAAGGACAUGCUUCUAGAGAGAGGGGUUUCUGCCUUUUCAACAUGGGAGAAAGAGCUGCACAAGAUAGUUUUUGAUCCACGUUAUUUACUUCUUAAUCCUAAAGAGAGGAAACAGGUUUUUGACCAAUAUGUGAAGACUCGAGCAGAAGAAGAACGAAAGGAAAAGAAAAAUAAAAUUAUGCAAGCAAAGGAAGAUUUCAAGAAAAUGAUGGAAGAAGCAAAGUUUAAUCCAAGAGCUACUUUUAGUGAAUUUGCAGCCAAACAUGCUAAAGACUCCAGAUUCAAAGCAAUUGAAAAGAUGAAAGAUCGAGAGGCCUUAUUUAAUGAAUUUGUAGCAGCUGCAAGAAAGAAAGAAAAAGAAGACUCGAAGACCAGAGGUGAGAAGAUCAAAUCGGAUUUCUUUGAACUACUAUCUAAUCAUCACUUGGAUAGUCAGUCUCGAUGGAGCAAAGUAAAGGACAAAGUAGAAAGUGACCCACGUUACAAAGCAGUAGAUAGUUCAUCAAUGAGAGAAGACCUUUUCAAACAGUAUAUUGAAAAAAUAGCCAAGAAUUUAGACUCAGAAAAAGAAAAAGAACUGGAGAGGCAAGCCCGAAUAGAGGCAAGUUUACGGGAACGAGAACGAGAGGUUCAAAAAGCUCGUUCAGAACAAACAAAAGAAAUAGAUCGAGAAAGAGAGCAACAUAAACGAGAAGAAGCAAUUCAGAAUUUCAAGGCUCUUCUUUCUGACAUGGUUCGUUCUUCAGAUGUAUCAUGGUCUGAUACUCGGAGAACUCUCCGAAAAGAUCAUCGAUGGGAAUCUGGCUCUUUGCUAGAAAGAGAAGAGAAAGAGAAGCUUUUCAAUGAACACAUUGAAGCACUUACCAAAAAGAAGAGGGAACACUUUAGGCAACUUCUGGAUGAAACUUCAGCGAUCACACUCACUUCCACUUGGAAAGAGGUUAAAAAAAUUAUCAAGGAAGAUCCCCGGUGCAUUAAAUUCUCCUCCAGUGACAGAAAAAAACAAAGGGAAUUUGAAGAGUAUAUCAGAGACAAAUACAUUACUGCCAAAGCUGACUUCAGGACACUUUUGAAAGAGACCAAAUUUAUAACAUACAGAUCCAAAAAAUUAAUCCAGGAGUCUGAUCAGCACUUGAAAGAUGUAGAAAAGAUUUUGCAGAAUGACAAGCGAUAUUUGGUACUUGACUGUGUGCCAGAGGAGAGGCGCAAACUCAUUGUGGCUUACGUUGAUGACCUGGAUCGACGAGGUCCACCUCCACCUCCAACAGCCUCAGAACCUACAAGACGAUCAACAAAAUAAUUCUGACAUAACUCUUCACACCAAGGGUAUCUAUUAAUUCAGAAUGCUUGCAUGAGCCACCUGUCAGAUUUUUUCAUAAACAUAUAUAAAAGCCAACCUAUUACAAAACCAUCUGAAGAGCAGAGGAAGGAGCAGCAUUUGUGAACAUGGUUUUUGAACAAAGAACUCUGGAAAUAUUUAUGCUUUUCUUUGUGUGGCAUGACUGACAUACAUACUCAAACAUCUAGACUGUCUCUAGUAAAUAUAAAAGCUUGAAACUAAAGAUGAUCCUUAUAUGAGGUAUGGAAGUCAGUAAUUUUUGAUGACAUUCUUCCUAGCAGUGUUAUAUAUGCAAGACCCAAGGAGUGAUUUAUGGUCUGAACUUGUAAGAUAUACAAGUGCCACAAACUUGGAAGGAAACCCAAGUUGUUUUUGUAAAGCAGGUAAAAGAAAAACAUUGUUAAUUAAAUUCUCAGCUGCCAGAGGCAGAGGCUAAGAAUAUUGUAAUGCUCCUACUUUUGCCCCAAGUCUCUAGAGACCAGUUUAGUUUGAAUUUGUUCACAGAUGUGCUUUGAUUAUCCCUCUGAAUUAUAGGCAGAAACCUGGUUGCUUUGUCUAAGUGAAGAUUUUUCUGGUAAUUUCUUCUUGGAUAUGGAAACACAGUCAAUAACAAUGCUUACCAGAACAGGACGGUUGUAUAAACACAUUUUUAUUCACCAUAGAAGUGAUCUUUAUCAAUUUCUGGAUUAGAGAGUAAAUUGCCCUUCUGGGUAAUCCUUGUAAACUAUACUCCUGUUUGAAUGUUAAACUUGUGUUUCUAAAGUUUAAUUUUGAAAUGUUUGAAUUGUUCAGUUUAUGUAUUUGAACUACAAUAAACCAACCCUUUUUAUA